GAGCACUCCAUCACAACCACAACCUCCGCCCUCCUACCGAGACAGAAAGAGAGAAAAACUCUUUGCUGAUCUCUACCCACUACCCCCUCCCCACCUCCAUUGUGUUUCACACCCCUCCAAACACAGCGAUGGCAGACCUACCUCUCGAUACACUGGACAUUGUUGUCCUCGCGAUUCUUCUUCUCGGCACAGUCGCGUACUUCACGAAAGGAACUUUGUGGUCGAAGGGCGGCUCUUCCGCCGAUGCCUACAACAAGGCUCUCAGUGCCGGCGGCAAGUCCGGCAAAACGAGGAACUUGAUUGAGAAGAUGGACGAGUCCGAUAAGAACAUGGUUAUCCUGUACGGAUCGCAGACCGGUACCGCUGAGGAUUACGCCUCUCGGUUAGCCAAGGAAGGACAAGCACGUUUCGGACUCAAGACUAUGGUUGCGGACCUCGAAGAUUACGAUUACGAGAACCUCGAUACUUUCCCCGAAGAUAAGGUUAUAGUGUUCGUUUUGGCCACUUACGGAGAAGGAGAGCCCACCGACAACGCGGUCGAGUUUUACGAGUUUAUCCACAACGGCGAACCCACCUUCUCGGAAGACAACGCGGAAAAGCCUCUCACCAACCUCAAAUACGUCGCCUUCGGACUCGGAAACAACACCUACGAGCACUACAAUGCCGUCGUCCGCCGCAUCGAUGAGUCCCUCUCCAAGCUGGGCGCCAAGAGGAUCGGUCCUGCCGGAGAAGGUGACGAUGGAGCGGGUACCAUGGAGGAGGACUUCCUGUCGUGGAAGGAGACCAUGUGGACCGAGUUGCAGCAAGAGAUGGGUCUGGAGGAACGUGAAGCAGUUUACGAGGCCGUCUUCUCCGUUACCGAGCGCCCCGACCUCACCCCCGAAGACGACAUCGUGUACCUCGGAGAACCCAACAAGAACCACCUCGAGGGCAAAUCCGUCGGACCUUACAACUCGCACAACCCGUACAUCGCCCCGAUCAAGCAGUCCACGGAAUGCUUUACCGUCAAGGGCCGCAAUUGCCUUCACAUGGAGAUCGAUCUGUCUAACUCUAACCUCACCUACACCACCGGAGAUCACCUGGCGGUCUGGCCCACCAAUGCUGGAGCAGAGGUCGAUCGGCUCUUCAAGGUCCUCGGAAUGGAAGAAAAACGCCACCAGGUCAUCGACGUCAAGGGUCUCGAUUCUACUUCCAAGGUCCCUUUCCCCACGCCGACCACGUACGAUGCUGCGGUUCGUUACCACAUCGAAAUCUGCGCCCCCGUCUCCCGUCAGUACGUUGCUUCCCUUGCCGCUUUCGCGCCCACCGAGGGAGCCAAGGAGCAGAUGACCCGCCUCGGAGGCGACAAGGCCUACUUCUCGGAAUUCAUCUCUCAGCGCUACCUCAACAUCGCCCAGGUUCUCGAAAUCGUUUCACCCAACCAGGUCUGGUCGGCGGUCCCGUUCUCGAUCAUCAUUGAAGGUCUCAACCGCAUCCAGCCCCGUUACUACUCGAUCUCGUCCUCGUCUCUCGUCAAUAACAAGGUCCCGACCAUCACCGCCGUCGUCGAGCGCGUCAGCAUGCCCGGCGCCCCUCACGUUCUGAAGGGUGUCACGACCAACUACCUUUUGGCACUCAAGCAGAAGCAGGAAGGCGACCCGUCACCCGAUCCCCACGGACUGACUUACGCGAUCACUGGACCCCGCAACAAGUACGAUGGAAUUCACGUGCCGGUCCAUGUCCGGAGCUCCAACUUCAGGCUGCCCAGCGACCCCUCUAAGCCGAUCAUCAUGAUCGGACCCGGUACCGGUGUCGCCCCCUUCCGCGGUUUCAUCCAGGAGCGCGCCGCCCUCGCGGAGAAGGGCGAGAAGGUUGGAAAGACACUUCUCUUCUUUGGAUGUCGCAAGGAGAGCGAAGACUUCCUGUACCAGGAUGAAUGGAAACAAUACGCCGAAAAACUAGGUGAUGCCUUCCAGCUGGUCACUGCCUUCUCCCGCGACGGACCACAAAAGGUCUACGUCCAGCACCGACUGAGCGAACACGCCAAGGAGGUCAACGAGCUCAUCAAGCAGGGCGCGUUCUUCUAUGUCUGCGGUGACGCCGCUCACAUGGCGCGAGAGGUCAACUCCACGCUCGGCAAGAUCUUGUCUGCUGAGCGGGGAUUGACGGAGGAGCAAGGCCACGAUUUGGUCAAGAGGCUGCGGAGUAGCAACUUGUACCAGGUAUGUUCCCUCAACUAUCCUACACUCUUACCCGUCACGUAACCAUGUACUAACCUACCGCGUUUACAGGAGGACGUGUGGUCAUGAACACCACUUGCCGCACUAUACCGUUUUCUUUCACAUUUCAUACAAGGAGGGGCGUUAAUUGGAUUGGAUAGAUAUAGUCGUAUCUCGCUGUAACAAUUAGUCUGAUCUAGUCUGGGAGGCGGGAGAGGUGGGCGGAGUCUCCAAACUGUUUUCGUAGGCAUUUGCUUCUUUCAUCUUUUU